AUGCUUUAUGAUAUCCGCAUCCGAUACCAAUCCUUUUCGAACGACAUAAUUGUUGAUAUGAAACAUAAUGCAAAAUGUUCAAAUGAUAUGAAACAUAAUGCAAAAUGUACAAAUGAUACGAAACAUAAUGCAAAAUGUACAAAUAAUAUAAAACAUAAUGCAAAAUGUACAAAUGAUACGAAACAUAAUGCAAAAUGUACAAAUGAUAUUAAACAUAAUGAAAAAUGUACAAAUAAUAUAAAACAUAAUGCAAAAUGUACAAAUGAUAUGAAACAUAUGCAAAAAUUACAAAUGAUAUGAAACAAAAUGCAAAAUGUACAAAUGAUAUGAAACAUAAUUUUUUGCAAAAUGUACAAAUGAUACGAAACAUAAUGCAAAAUGUAGAAAUGAUAUAAAACAUAAUACUAAUUAAAAGGACGUAGGCUAUGUCGCUUAAACUGAUUGAGAUAUGUUAUAUAUAUCAAAAUAAAGCCUGUUUCUCCUACAUUUGUAUUUUAUGAAUAUAUACAACUUUACUACACUUAUUUAAUUCAAAGGGGUAUUUAUAACAUGUAUUUAAAUAACUUGCUCAAAAUAUUAGGAAAAAUCACAAUUAUGACGUCACAGAAGAUAUGCAAAUGAGCUGAUUUGCAUAAAUUAUACUUUAUCUGAAAGGGCACUCAACAUGCUUUCAUUUGG